CAUCCCAACCUCAACAAUUUAAAGCAGCCCCCAAUCGACCUUGCUACCAUUUCACCACUGAUCUCCCACCCCGAACAUGGCUCACACACUCGUUCUUUCCACCGUCCUCCGCCGUCAUCUCCUCCUCCUCCUACUUCUCUUCCUGACACACCGGAAUAUUCUAACACGCGCCGCCGAUGGCAGGUGGGAUUUGCUCCUAUCCAACAUCGGCAUAUCAGCAAUGCACAUGCAGCUCCUCCACACCGACCGCGUUGUCAUGUUUGAUCGCACAGAUUUCGGCCCCUCCAACAUAUCCUUACCAGACGGGAAAUGCCGUAGGGACCCUAACGACACGGUGUUGCCGGUCGACUGUACAGCGCACUCGGUGGAGUACGAUGUAGCUUCGAACUCCAUCCGCCCACUCAUGGUGCUCACCGACGUCUGGUGCUCCUCCGGCGCCGUCAUGCCGGAUGGAACUCUGGUCCAAACGGGAGGGUUCAAUGAUGGAGACCACGCCAUCAGAAUUUACGAACCAUGCAGGAAUAGCACUUGCGACUGGCGAGAAAUCAGCCGUGGGCUCACACAGAGACGUUGGUACGCCACCAAUCACAUUCUGCCGGACGGAAGGCAGAUUGUUGUCGGUGGACGGCGGCAGUUCAAUUAUGAGUUCUACCCGAAGACGUCAUCGGCUGAUGGGUCGUAUAAUCUGCCGUUUCUUGUUCAGACCAAUGAUCCGAGGAUAGAGAACAACUUAUACCCGUUUGUUUUUCUGAAUGGGGAUGGAAAUCUAUUCAUUUUCGCCAACAAUCGAGCUAUAUUGUUCAAUUACUUAAACGGGUCGGUGGUCAGAACGUACCCGACGAUGCCGGGUGGGGAUCCACGGAGUUACCCGAGCACGGGCUCUGCAGUUUUGCUUCCACUGAAGAACAAUGCUGAAACUGAAGUUCUGGUGUGUGGUGGAGCGCCAAAAGGUGCUUAUGUUAGAGCGAAUAAUGGUGAUUUUGUGGGGGCCCUCAACACAUGCGGGAGGAUCCGAAUAAACGACUUGAAUCCUCAGUGGGUCAUGGAGACAAUGCCCAUGGGUCGGGUCAUGAGUGACAUGUUGUUGCUACCAAAUGGUGAAGUCUUGAUAAUCAACGGGGCAGGCUCGGGCACUGCUGGAUGGGAAUUGGGUCGGAGCCCAGUUCUGGCUCCGGUCAUCUACAGACCCGACAACCCGAUAGGAUCAAGAUUCGAGGUGCAGAAUCCGAGUUCCACACCUCGUAUGUACCACUCGACAGCAGUGUUACUUCGUGACGGUCGGGUUCUUGUAGGCGGGAGCAAUCCUCAUACUUACUACAACUUCACAGGAGUUCUAUUCCCGACAGAUUUAACUCUACAAGCAUUUUCUCCACGGUAUUUGGAUCCGAAACUCUCGUACCUCCGACCCAAGAUUAUUUCACCCGUUUCACAAUCUGAAAUCAGGUACGGGCAACAACUACCGAUUCGGUUCACGAUUCCUCCGGGUAGGCUAAAUAGCACAUCUGUCAUGGUAACGAUGGUUGCCCCAUCAUUUAAUACCCACUCAUUUUCGAUGAACCAAAGGCUAUUGGUUCUCAGCCACGGGGACGUGACAGCAGUGGGAAAAUCCACAUACCAAGUUCGGGUCGGGACACCCGGGUCGGGCAAUCUUGCACCAGCAGGAUACUACCUUGUCUUUGUGGUUCAUCAAGAUAUUCCAAGUGAGGGUAUUUGGGUCCAGAUCCGGUGAAUGAUUUGGAUUUUGACCUACAUGUGUUUUGCUUUAGGUCUUUUGUAGAUAUCACAUGAUUCGUAUACAAAGGAUUGAUAUUAUACAUAAGAAUAUUAUCGGAAAAUACUAAUUUAGAUCAGGUUUGGUCGGCGCUAAACUAAUUAUAUAGUAAAUGUAAUAUACUAGUUAUGUGAUUGCUAUAUAGUUUAAGGUAAAUAAUCAAUCACAUACUAAGUAUAUCACAUUUACUGUAUGAUUGAUUUAACUCGACCAGUCUGCUUUGGACAAGAUUUUUCUCAAGCAUUACAUAUAUUUUAAUUUUUUACCUAUCAAUUAUUAUAAUAUAAAAAUUGCAGAGGUAGGGAAUAAAGGAUUUGUCUUUACGUUGUC